CUUUUUUUUAAUGUACAAUAUAGAAAACCCUGGUGGUUUAGUGUUUAAGAGCUAUGGCUGCUAACCAAAAGUUUGGCAGUUCAAAUUCACCCGGCACUCCUUGGAAACCUUAUGGGUCAGUUCUGCUCUAUCCUAUAGGAUCCUAUGAGUCGGAAUCAACUAGAUGGCAACUGGCUGGAUUUUAUUGUUUGUUUCAUUUUAUGUACAAUAUAUAUGUAUCAUUCAAUAUUUAAAUUACAUCCAACAGUGAAUACAUAAAUUGUUUACAGAAACAAUUUUAAGAACCAACCUCAGCUGUUUUCUGAUGAUGUUAUAUUUUGGAAAUUUCUGAAAAUGUGGGAGAGAAACAAUUAAGAUCUGAAACUCCUAAGUGUGAAAGAAAAUAAACAGGUUUUAAAUGAAACUGUAACAAGGAAUUAUCCUUUAAUGGUAAAAUUAAUUUUACCUUUUAUUAAUCUCUUUCCAACUUGCCUGUUUAAAGACAAAACAACACAAUAAAUGGCUCCAGGGAAUCUCACAAGGGUGACUGAGUUCAUUCUCAACGGAAUCGCAGACCUUCCUGAGCUCCAGGUCCCCCUUUUCUUUGUCUUCCUGGUGAUCUAUGGGCUGACUGUGGUAGGGAACUUGGGCACCAUCACCCUUACCAGUGUUGACUCCAGACUUCAAACCCCCAUGUACUUUUUCCUUCGACACUUGGCUAUCACUAAUCUUGGCAAUUCUACCACCAUUGCCCCUAAAAUGUUGCUCAACUUCUUGGCUAAGAAGAAAACCAUCUCAUACUACUGUUGUGCAGCUCAACUAGGUGGAUUCUUAGUUUUCGUGGUGGCUGAAAUUUUCAUACUGGCGGCAAUGGCCUAUGACCGCUAUGUGGCCAUUUGCAACCCCCUGCUCUACAUGGUGGUGGUAUCUCGGCAGAUCUGCCUUCUUCUAGUAUCCCUCACAUACCUCUACAGCCUGAGCACAGCACUGACUGCCUCUUCCUGUGUGUUCUCUGUGUCAUACUGUUCUUCCAAUGUAAUCAACCAUUUUUAUUGUGAUAACGUCCCUUUGCUAGCAUUGUCCUGUUCUGAUACUUACAUUCCAGAUACAACAGUGUUCAUGUUAUCAGGUAUCGACCUGUUUUUCUCCUUGAUCAUUGUUCUAAUAUCCUAUUUCAACAUUUUCCUCACCGUUUUGAGGAUACAGUCCUCAGAAGGCAGACAGAAAGCUUUUUCCACCUGUGCUUCUCACUUGAUGGCCGUCACUGUGUUCUAUGGGACCCUCCUUUUCAUGUAUAUGCAACCAACAACCAACCACUCAUUAGAUACUGAUAAAAUGGCCUCAGUCUUUUACACCCUAGUGAUACCAAUGUUGAAUCCCCUCAUUUACAGCCUAAGGAACAAGGAAGUGAAGGAUGCACUGAAGGGAUUCCUUAAUAACCCAUGCAAAUCUCUCAAACUAGUGUAAAUAAAUACCUACAACUGUCGUCUUCUAAAAGUCUUAAUUUGCUCCUGACAAAGCUGCUGUUAAGUGAAGAGACAUUUUAAAUGGUUAAAAAAAAAAAAAAAAAUCUAUUCAUUUCCAUGUGAAAAAUACUAAGGCAUUUUUUCCCAAUUCAAAAUACCAAUCUUCCUAGAGGGAUAAAGUUUCCAAUUAUACAAUGAAAAUGAACUUACAUAUGUUAUAAACAACAAUUUGAAAAUAAACAAAUACAUCAUAUAAAUAAAUUGCAACUUGUUAAAAGGUUUGUGUUUUAUACCCUCUACAUAUGGUGUCUGUUGUUGUUGUUAGGUGUCAUCAAGUCCAUUUCUACUCAUAGGGACAUUAUGUACAACAGAAGGAAACACUGCCUGGUCCUGAGCCAUCCUCCUGAUCAUUGUUAUGUUUGAGCCCAUUGUUGCAGCCACUGUGUCAAUCCAUCUCCUUGAGGGUCUUCAACCUAGGUGCCAUAUUUGUUUGCAAAUAAGAAGAAACAACUACAAACAAAAGGUAUCUAGGUGGUGCAAAUUGUUCUUGCUAGCCCAAAGAUUGGAGAA